AUGCGCGAGCGAGAGGCGGCCGGGCGGGUUUGUGCUGUGCUGGUGCGUAGCGGUUUCGGCAAGUGUCUGGUCAGUCUGGUGCUGGCAGCUCGCAGCUCGCAGCUCGCAGCUGUGCCGUUGCAGUGGCCGUCGGCCUGUUCGGCAGCUGUCUGGUUCUGUCGGGCGGCCAGGUGCUGGCAUUUCCAGGUGGUAGAUGUCUGGUCAUUUAUGCCUCGAGCCCGAAACUCGGCACUUGGUUGCCACCAGACCGUUGGCAUUGAUUGA